UAAAGAUCAGAAAAGAAGAAAAUGGGUUGCAACAAUUCCUCCAAAAACAUCAAAUCUCUUAAACCUCUUGAGGCAAGUUCCAAGACCUCUAGCUCCUCGGUAGAGACUCCUCGGAGUUCCUUUCGAGACAAUGUAGUUCAAGACGUGCACAAGCGGAAUAGGAUGGUGAAGGCUUACUUUAAAGAAGUUCAUGAAAUUCAGGACAAGAUGAACACCUUAGAGACUAGUAUAGAAAUUAGGAGGAUUACCUCCCUUCAAGAAGAUCCACAAGCUUUGAAGACCUUUGAAGAUCUAGAGGAGACUCAGAAAACUCUUUUAGAUAAAAUUGCUAUUCAGGAAAAUAUCAUUCAUAAUGGCAUCACAAGGCUCAGAAUUGUAGAGAGUUCUUCUCUAAACUCUUCUAAAGAUGCCAACACAAGCUGAAAUCGUAGGAAGAUGCAUUAAUUUGGGAUUUCAGAUGCUUUUUAAGUUAAUUAAUUAAGAAUUUUCCUAUUAUGUACUAUUUUUGGAAGUAAAUGAAUAUCAUUAGUGAAAACAACAGGAUCCUUAGGAAUGCUUAGGUCUUCUACACUUUUCUAUCUUACCAGAAAGAAACUAAAAGGUUAUAGAUAUGAACUUUAAAGGGUUUUAUUGGUGAGUUUUUAUGGUAGGAAAGAGAUGUAAAAAAUUAGUACGAAUUAUCCUUCAAUUUUGUGGAGACAAAAGAUCACGAUUACUUUAGAAUUCUGACCAAACAAGUUUAUAAAGUUUCACUAUACCCUAUCAUUUUACACCCUACCUUCUUAUCAACCUGCUAAAAUCUCACCAAACACUCCCACCCAACUCCUCCAUUCUCUUCUCAGUACUUCAUGAUCAAAGUUAAGCCCUUCUCUAUUAACUCAUCCUAAAUUCCACUCAAACACCACUCUCAGAAAUCUGAGACCACUUAUUUUGCUUAUCUUAAGCUCUUCUUUUCAUUUUUUGUAAAUAAACUCCUAAUAUCUUAAUAUAGCUGAUGAAGAAAUCAGAAUUGACACUCCAAAGAGGACUAUUAUAAACACUCUAUAUGUAAGAUAGAGAGAUGAGAAAGCCGCCAGAUUCUAAUAUAGAUAAUUAUUAUUAUUUUGUAAAUAUUGCGUA